AUGUUUGUAGAUUUUGAGAAGGCGUUUGAUCAGGUCAAUCGUGAAUGCAUCUAUAGAUCGCUUAUUGCACGAGAAAUCCCUGAGAAAAUUGUCGCUGUAAUUAAAGAAUCGUACAACAACGGAAGGUGCUUUGUGUUGCACAAUGGACAGCUUUCCGACUUCUACGAUGUGCGUCAAGGAGUGAGACAAGUAGUUGUCUUGUCACCAAUUCUGCUGGUGAUUGACGAUGUGAUGAAUGCCACGGUAGGUACAAAUGAAAGACAAGCUAUCCAAUUGAGUCUGUUUAACGAGCUUAGCCACAUAGGUUAUCCUGAUAAUAUAUGUCUCAUGGCAAACAACACGGCAGGCUUAAAUCAGAUGUGUCAUUCACUUCAAUUGAAUGGAGAGGUGGCUGGAUUAAGUACUAACACAAGUAAGGCCAAAGUAAUGGCCACGGGGUUUAAGCAUACAAGUUAUUCUAAUUCAGGUGACCAUAGUGGAGGUCUGGAUGUUAACAGUAGAAUAAACGUAGCCCGUAGAGCAUUUGGAAUCCUUUCGCCUGUGAGGAAAACAAUCCGUCCAAUGGAAUCCCCAGGGUAA